AUGGCUUCGGUUAUCAGCGAAAGUUUUGUGGCAAGAGCAAGUUAUCUAUCUGAUGAGAAGGAAAGACAGAUCAACAAAUUGCAAAGACAAUUUUAUGAACUUAAAAAACAAUGUCACAAGUAGUUUGAUGACUUGGACGAUGUUGAAGAUAUGUGCAAGCAGGCCAAGGAGAAUAUGAAAACGGUCCGAUUGGUACGUCACUUACAACAAGUAGAGGAGAAUUUCCCUUGCGUUUCGAUUAGUACAGCUUGCAAGUUAAAAAUACCCGAAAUGGCUUCGAUUGUUAGCGAGGAUUUCGUUGCAAGAGCAAGUUAUCCAUUCAAUGAGAAGGAAAGACCGAUCAAAAAAUUGCAAAGACAAUUUUAUGAACUUAAAUCAAAUCAAAUCAAAUCUUAAGCAAUGUGACAAGAGCUUUGAUAACUUGGACGAUAUUGAAGAUAUGCGCAAACAGGCCAAGAAGAAUAUGACAAGAUUCCAGUUGGAAGCCAAAGCGGAGAAGGAGAUCGGGAAAAGAGAUGCACGAAUACACGCCAGGCUGUUCUUUGCUCUGACAAACAUGAACGAAAAGAUGAAGAAAGCGGAAGGAGAAGAUUUGAAACUACCAAAAGCGAAAAUACCUGAAGCGGCGAGAGGGGCCUUACUAUCUACA